AUGCUUUCUUGUGCCUCAUUCAACAAAUUGCUCUAUCCCACGGCGACAGGUGGUAGUGUUACGCCUGUAACUAGUGGUAAAUCACCACUUUUGGGAUCAUUAGCCAAUCUUCCAUUGGCCACGGGACCGGCAGGAAAUCCGGUUGGUGGUGGCAGUGGAGCACCAAGUGAAACGCAGAGCGAGAUUUCCUCGGUGGACAGUGAUUGGAGUGACAUACGUGCCAUUGCAUUGAAAUUGGGCGUACAAAAUCCGGACGAACUGCAUACGGAACGUUUCAAGGUUGAUAGACAGAAACUUGAGCAAUUUAUAACGGCUGAUAGCGCCAUUGAAGGCAUGAAUGGUGCAGAGUAUUUCUUUAACGACAUCAUGAACACUACGGAUACCUAUGUAAGCUGGCCUUGCAGACUGAAAAUCGGUGCCAAGAGCAAAAAGGAUCCUCAUGUGCGUAUUGUUGGUAAAGUGGACGAGGUAUCCCGGGCUAAAGAACGUAUUCUUGGCAGUCUGGACUCCCGGGGGACUCGUGUGAUCAUGAAAAUGGAUGUCAGCUAUACGGAUCAUUCUUAUAUCAUUGGACGCGGCGGCAAUAAUAUUAAACGCAUCAUGGACGACACUCACACCCAUAUACAUUUCCCCGAUUCGAAUCGUUCGAAUCCGACAGAAAAAUCAAAUCAGGUAUCGCUGUGCGGUAGCCUGGAGGGUGUUGAACGUGCUCGUGCCUUGGUUAGAUUGUCCACACCCUUACUCAUCUCAUUUGAGAUGCCUGUGAUGGGUCCAAAUAAACCGCAACCGGAUCAUGAGACACCCUAUAUCAAGAUGAUUGAAAGCAAGUUCAAUGUGCAGGUCAUAUUUUCUACGCGUCCAAAAUUACAUACAUCCUUAGUAUUGGUCAAGGGUUCGGAAAAGGAAUCAGCACAAGUGCGAGAUGCUACACAACUAUUGAUUAAUUUUGCCUGUGAAAGCAUUGCAAGCCAGAUUCUUGUUAAUGUACAGAUGGAAAUAUCGCCACAACAUCAUGAGAUUGUUAAGGGCAAAAAUAAUGUCAAUCUUUUAAGCAUUAUGGAACGUACUCAAACCAAAAUCAUUUUUCCGGAUUUGAGUGACAUGAAUGUGAAGCCAUUGAAAAAGUCACAAGUGACAAUCAGCGGACGCAUUGAUGAUGUCUAUAAGGCGCGACAACAAUUGCUUGGCAAUUUGCCUGUAGCAUUGAUAUUUGACUUUCCGGACAAUCAAAACGAUGCCUCCGAUAUAAUGAGUUUAAAUACCAAAUAUGGAGUGCUAAUUACCCUACGUCAGAAGCAACGCCAAAGCACUUUGGCCAUUGUGAUAAAGGGUUUAGAAAAGUUCAUAGAUAAAAUCUAUGAAGCUCGCCAGGAGAUUCUAUGCCUGUCCUCGCCAGCAAUUCAACCCGUUAUACCCGAUCAUUAUUUUAUGCCCAAAGAUAAAGAUUUGAAUUUAGCGUAUCGCACACAAUUGACAGCAUUGUUGGGCGGUUAUUCAGACAAUUUGAAAUCCCCGCCGGGUUUGCUGCCCCCGGGCCUGUCCAAUCAAUUGACGCCCUAUGCGAACAAUAAUCAUUUGUUACUUAAUGCCAAUGCAUCGGUUAAUGGCAGUGGAGGUGGAGGUUUAUCCACACCAACUGGCAUUUGUGCGCCAACACAGAAAUAUAUGCAGAUGCAUAACAAUUUCCAACAGGCUCAGGCGCAGCAACAGCAGCAGCAACAACAACAUGUCCAACAGGUUGCACCACGACAAUCAGUGGUGGCCAAUAAUAAUUAUUUACAAGUACCAGGAUCAAAACCACCACUGAAUGUUGGUAGCAACACGGUGAAUGUAUCGCCACGCAAUAGUUGUUCACAGAAUACGAGCGGGUAUCAGAGUUUUAGCAGCAGCACAACAUCUUUGGAGCAAUCCUAUCCACCGUAUGCCCAAUUGCAGGCUACGGUAUCAUCGACAUCAUCCUCUUCGAGUUGUGCGAAUCGAGCACAUUAUUCACCCGAUUCCACUUAUAGCAGUGAAGGAGGAGGCGGUGGCUUGGGCAUGGGAGCCAGCGCACGUCUCGGACGACGUCUGAGCGAUGGUGUUCUCUUGGGUCUUAGCAAUGCCGCCGGUGGUGUUGGUGGCUCAAUGGGUGGUGCUGGUGGAGGAGGUGGAGCUCAUUUAUUGCCGGGCAGUGCCGAAAGCUAUCGUAGUCUGCACUACGAUUUGGCCGGAAACGGUGUUGGAGGUGGUGGUGGUGGUGCUGCUGGUGGCGGUAAGCAACAUCAGCAGUUGACUCAUCGGGCUUUCGAUUUCGAUAUGAAGCGGGCGUUCGGUUUCAAGGCCAUGGAACGUACGCCUGUGGCUGGUGAAUUGCGUACUCCCACCCCGGCAUGGCUGGGCAUGGGUCUAAGCCGCACCUCGCCGGCUCCCAUUGAGACGGUGGAUGACGGUUUGGCUUCCGGUCAGGGCUGGCGUAUGCCAGCACCAUCCCCACUCGGCUUGGGAUCGCCCUAUGGAGUGAGUGCGACUACUGGACUAUUAGAUGCCACGCCCGUCAAUCGACGUAUGCAAUUGUCGCAGCACAAGGACAUACAGACGCUAUUGACAAGUCUGGGCUUGGAGCAUUACAUAAAAAUUUUCGUGCUUAAUGAAAUCGAUUUGGAAAUGUUCACCACUCUGACUGAGGAGAAUCUAAUGGAGCUAGGUAUCACAGCGUUUGGAGCUCGCAAGAAGCUGCUGACGGCCAUACACACGCUGCUGGCUAAUGAGGCUGCCUGCAGCAGCAUGCCCAGCAGCAGCUCCUCGCAGAAUUCCUCAUCGCCGCGAUUCUCCGGCAGUGCUGCGCCCGGCGCUGAGCGUCGUCCCUCAAAUCAGUGGUGAAUGAAUCAAAAAAAAAAAACAACCAAAUCAUCACAUUUUUCACACAUACACCUACUAUACCUAUUCUAGAUUUUUUUUUUUUUUUUGCAUGCCCGUUUGAUUUAAUUUAUUUUUGUAAUUGUAAGCUUUCGCUAUUCUAUGUUAGGUCGCUUGCCGUAUUGAGGGAAACGAGGAAAAAGAGACUUACUAUAUAACGACUUUUCUGUACUCUGCAAAGAAAAAAGAUUAAUGUAAAAAAGCUUGUGAUUUUUGCCAGAAUUUCACAAUAUUGCUUGACCUUGACUUAUACUCGUAUUUGUACUAAAAACAAAAAAACAGAUAGAAAGUUGCGAAAAAUUGCCAAACAGAAUGUGGCCAAAAUAGUUAAUGAUUAGUUCAUUCAACGUAAAAAUCGGCUUGCAGCCUGACCAUAGGUAGUAUGUAAUUUUUAAGCAACUAAUUUAUUUCGAAAUUAUUUAUAUAUUGUAGAACAACAACAAAACAAAUAUUUUGAAUUAUUUAUGAAAUUUAACUACGCAAAAAGGAAAAACCCUCCCCAAAAAUAUGAGUAUCUACACAAAAACACAUACCAUAUAUCAGUUUAUAAUUGUUAUUGUAAGAAAUGAAUUUGUGUAAAUGAAAAAUUGGAGAAACCCCCCCAAAAAAAGAAAAUAUAUAUAUACUUGUAUUAAGAGUGAAAUUCGAAAGGAAAAAAAACAUAUUUAAUAUGGAAUAAAUUGAUGUACGCAUAUGAAAAA